UACGAUGCAUUGAGCCCAACAAAACCACCACACUCGCUCUCCGCUCACUUUGACUGCACUCGUGGUUCAUUUUCAUCGUUUUCUCCUACAGCCGGGUCCUUCUUUCUCCCAGAAAUUUAAAUUUACAACCACAUUUCAAAAUGGUGAAGGUGAAGUGCUCAGAAUUGAGGACGAAGAAGAAGGAGGAGUUGGUCAAACAACUUGAGGACCUCAAGGGUGAACUUCAAGGUCUUCGAGUGGCGAAGGUCACCGGUGGAGCCGCCUCCAAACUCUCCAAAAUUCGCGUUGUAAGGAAAGCUAUUGCCAGGGUGUACAUAGUUAUGCACCAGAAGCAAAAGGAGAAUUUAAAGAAACUUUACAAGAAUAAGAAGCAGAAGCCAUUAGACCUCCGGCCCAAGAAGACCCGUGCUAUCAGAAGAGCACUUACCAAGCAUGAAAAGAACCUGAAAACCCCAAAACAACUCAAAAAGUUAAGGGCUUUCCCCAAGAGAGUGUUUGCCGUUAAGUCCGCUUAAAUUAAUUUGUACACCUUACAUUGUUUUACGUUAAUAAAGCCGACAAGGUAAACAAUAAGCUCUAUAAGGAUUACGGUUUAUUGAA